UAAAUCUGUUCAUAAAUCGUAUUUUUGAUUUGAGAAAUCCUAACCUUUUCAGUGUGAGUAAGAUCGUAUUCUGGUUUUCCUGUGCUUUACCCCAGUCUCCAGAGGCCAAACCAACCAACAUGGCGCUCUCACAUACGUCCUUUUUCGCAACGCUUGUCAAUGUGAUUUUACAAUAUUUCAUCGAUUAGGCCACACUGUUGAAGUGACAUUGCACAGAUAGAAAAAUGUCAAAUUCUGCACCAUGACUGAGGACUCCAAAUUUGCGAUAGUUUCUCCAAAGUCGGUGAAAUUGUACGCCGAAAUUUUCGGGGUGCAGGGUUUGACAGACGAUCUGGCAAGUUCCCUUGCUGAAGAUGUCACUUACAGACUUCGAGAGACGCUUCAGAGCGCAUCUCAGUUUAUGAAGCAUUCCAAGAGGAGACGGCUCACAAGCGAAGAUUUCAACAAAGCAUUAGGAACCAGUAGCACAGAGCCUAUUUACGGAUAUGGAUCUUUGGAGGACAUGUUGUUUCGCAGCACCAACACUAAAGAUGGAGAUAUUUUCUUUGUUGAAGACAAGGAGAUUGGGCUGAGAGAGCUGGCAAUGAACGUGGCAAUACCCACUGAUCCUGGACAGAGAACAGUCAAAGCUUACUGGCUUCCUAUUGAUGGCUCACAGUCUGCAGGAAGUCAUGCACAGCAAAACAGCGGUCGAGUUAACAAUGCCAAUGAAGGUGGAGCUGUGCAGCGACCUCUUUCAGAGGCGUGUUUGAGUUACUAUGAACAGAUAACAAAAGCCGUUUUAGGUGAUGAGGAACAAUUGGCAACGAACAGAACUUUGACCAAUCACGCGACUGAUAUAUUUGUGUUUCUGUACAGAAAAUGUAGCAACCCAGUAAACUACUUGCGACAGCAGCUGCUAAUGACACUACAAGAAGUGUUGUUAGAUGAUGGACGUCCUUUCUGUUCACAUUACGGAGCAGUAGUAGGACUGACUGAACUGGGACCCGAGGCUUUAGAACAAUACGUGAUGCCACAUCUGAGGACCUACUGGAACCAGUUACAACAAGUGUUAGACGAUAACAGCCAAUCAAAUGCUCUCCUUCAAGAAGAAGCCUACCAAGUUUAUGGCGCUCUUCUGCAGGCCGCUGGUUGCCUGUUAAAAUCAAAGCAGCAUGGCGGCCCCAUGAACACUCUCGGCUUUCAAGUCAACAACUCGCACCCAGUCUUGCGCAGUAAUUUAUCCCCGUGGGCUGGGGCGAGUGUACUUCAGCGCCCAGCUCCCGUAGCUUCUUCUCGAUCCCGGUUGAGCUCGACCGGUCACGCAUCCAAUCCGCUUCAGCUCUACCAACAGCUGUACGAUGUGUUCGGCGAUAGUCUGGGGCCCAGGAUUGCGCAUAACAACUGGCAGGACGCGGCUGUCACUAAGACCAACCAGCUGCGGAUGCAACCAUUUGCACAUGCGUAUUUCCCAAUACGGCCUCUUCCACGCGACGCUAACAUCCUCAAAGAGCUUAUACGCAAGGCGAAAGAGAAAUUAAAACCCACGAGUUCACAGAAAAGUUCGCUAAGCACCAAGAGAAAGAGAAAUAUCGAGGAGGAAAAGAACACAGAAAGUCAAAAAGACAGGUCGAGGAACAAGAAAAUCUGUAUGACAUUUAGGCCCAUGCACACGACGGUCUCGAACACGCCUAUGGAUUUAGACCCUGAAGAGACGAGCCCCUCUCGAACCAGAACUGCAGGGACCCUGAGAAGGGGUAGCCAACAAAAGGAGCUUGUAAAGGCACGCAGACAUGUACAAGAAACAGCAAAGAUUGAACAGAAACAUUUGAAAUGCGCUGUAGAAACUGGUCGCAUUCGUAGAAAAUUUAGAAAACCAAGUCUUUCACUUAAUAACAAAGCUAAAUAUGACUAUCAUAUUGGUGUAACCUUAUAACAACGUAACUCGACAACCUUGUGAAUUACCCUGAGAGUUAGUUACGUCGUUAGAUCAGCUCUUCUUCUUUAUUUCCAAAUGUAAAGAUCUCAAUAGACGUUGAAUAUACAUCUAGAAUGCUUCCCAGCCUCAUUCCCGCCCCCCUAGAGAACCUGGGGGCGAGACUGAACGCUUACUUCCAUUGGUCUAACGCUAUUUAACAACUGUUCCACUUGACUUCACAGCACAUGUAUGAGCUCACAGCCUUCUAUUUACCAUGAGCUACAAUUUCCGCUGAAAUAAAUCUUAUUUUUUUUCUCCGUCCUGAAUGUAAGUUUGAAAAGUGCAUACCCUUGGUUUCUAGGAAUUUAGACCAUACAUGUGGUAGCUGCAAGUAACUUUGAGAAAGAACAGCAAAGUUCGCAUUAAAUUUCGCUUUUGUUUGUUCCA